AUGGCGAGCGAAUUGGUGCCAUUGACUGGCAUCAGGUAUGUUCAUUUUAAUUUGUUUUUUUUAUUGUUAUACUUAUCCUAACUUAAAUAGAUUGCCAACAAUGGGUGAAAUGUUUGCUUCGCGAGUUCGAGAUUCUCGAUCAAUUUCAGCAGAUCAAGCAUUAGUUCAUAUGAUUAAAGUAAUGAUGGGAACUGGAAUGUUAUCACUUCCAUUGGCAUUUAAACAUUCUGGAAUUUGGUUGGGAAUGAUAUUAUUGGCUAUUAUUUGUGCUAUUUGUAUUUAUUGUACAAGGCAAUUGGUUUAUGGACAACAUUAUAUCACUUUUAUGUUAGUUUCUCAAAGAAUUUUGAAAUUUUGAAGAAUGCACGUUUUCUGGAAUUUUGACACUUGGAAAAGAGAGUUCGAGAGGAAAUUAUUCAAAAAAUGUGUGCUCGUGACAAUUUACGUGACAAAGUUGUUUUUGAUUCACAAUCAGAAACUCUAACUUCAAUUUUUCAGAGAUUUUAUUUUUGAAAUUUAAGUUCCCAGGAAGAAAAUUCCAAAAAUUAUGUCUAAAAGUUUUUCGUAUUUUUUUUUUAUUAAAAUUCAUCCUAAAAUUCAAAGCUACAGUAAUCUGAUCUAUUUUUUGUAGAAAACGAGAACAACGAAUGGAUUAUGCAAAUGUUAUGAGAAAUGCAGUUGAACUUGGGCCAUCGUGGAUUCGAGGACAUGGAUAUCUUUUCAAGUAAAAUAUUUCAAUCUUAAUUUGGGAAAUUGAUUUUUUGGAAUUUAGAAAUUCACAUUCAAUAAUUCUGAAAUUUCGAGUUUUUACUUGGAAUUCCAAAAAAAAAUAUUCAUACCAAAUCAUCUUCAAAUAUUUUCAGACAAUUGGUGAACGUGAACAUGUUUGUGGCACAAUUUGGUUUCUGUUGUGUAUAUUUUGUUUUCAUGGCUGACAAUUUGAAGCAAUUUUUUGACCAAACUUCAAAUAUUCAUUUAUCACAAGCCACAUGGAUUGCACUUCUCAUGAUUCCAAUCACAGCUUUGUGCACAAUUCGAGAAUUAAAAGCGUUGGCUCCGUUGGCAGCCUGUGCAAAUGCUGUUUAUUUGAUUGCAGUCACAAUUGUUUUGGCUGAUCUAUUUUCUGAUUGGUAUCCAUGGACAAGUUUACCAGCAUUUGGAGCUGUUGAAUCUCUUCCGUUAUUUUUCGGAACUGUUAUGUUUGCUUUUGAAGGUGUCGCUGUUGUAAGAAUUAUUUUGGUUUUUAUUUCGAAAAUUCAUCAAAAUUUGUUUUAGGUUCUUCCAAUUGAAAAUCAAAUGAAUGAACCAAUUCAUUUUAUAACUCCAAAUGGAGUUUUGAAUACUUCGUGUAUUCUUGUUCUUCUUCUUUAUAUGACUGUUGGAUUUUUCGGAUUUUUGAGAUAUGGAAAUGAUAUCAAAGACACUCUUACAUUGAAUUUGCCACAAACACCGUUAGUUUUUUCAAAAAAAAAUCUAUUGAUGAAUUUCUAGAUGUUUCAGAACAUGUUUUCGAAAAAAAAAACAUAAAAUUUUUUCAGGUUUUAUCAGGCGAUCAAAAUCAUGUUCGUUCUUUGUAUUCUUGUUUCGUAUCCUUUACAAUUUUAUGUUCCAAUGGAAAGAGUUGAAAAAUGGAUAAAAAGAAAAGUUGUGGAAAAUAAACAAGAGCCGCUAAUCUAUGCUAUACGAUUUGGAGGGGUUUUAUUGACAUGUAAGAAGACGUUGAGGAUAUUUUGAAAAAUAAUCGGAUUUCAGGUGCGAUGGCACAGUUAAUCCCACACUUGGCUUUGUUUAUUUCUUUGGUUGGAAGUGUUGCUGGAACAUCGUUGACCCUUGUUUUCCCACCACUCAUUGAACUUUUGUGUUGUUACUCGAAACAACAACUGACACCUUGGGUUUGGUUGCGAAAUAUUGGAUUGAUGUUAUUUGCACUUGUUGGAUUUUCAACAGGAACAUAUGCUAGCAUUGUUCAGAUUAUUGAGGCGUUCGGACAAUCAGAUGUUUGA